GCCAAGUACAGCGUGGUGACAUUUCUACCUCGAUUCCUGUAUGAGCAGAUAAGAAAAGCUGCAAAUGCAUUCUUCCUCUUCAUUGCCUUACUGCAGCAAAUUCCAGAUGUCUCUCCAACAGGAAGAUAUACCACCUUGGUGCCAUUGCUAUUUAUUUUAACAGUUGCUGGCAUCAAAGAAAUCAUAGAAGACUAUAAAAGGCAUAAGGCAGACAGUGCAGUGAAUAAAAAGAAAACAAUAGUUCUAAGAAAUGGGAUGUGGCAGAACAUUAUGUGGAAAGAGGUAGCAGUAGGAGAUAUUGUGAAGGUCACCAAUGGGCAACAUCUUCCAGCAGACAUGAUCAUUAUAUCUUCCAGUGAACCACAAGCCAUGUGCUAUAUUGAAACAGCUAAUCUCGAUGGGGAGACAAAUCUUAAAAUACGACAGGGAUUGUCUCAAACUGCUAGUCUCCAGUCAAGAGAAGAAUUGAUGAAAGUAUCUGGAAGGAUAGAAUGUGAAGGACCCAACCGUCAUCUUUAUGACUUCACUGGAAACUUACGCUUAGAUGGUCAAAGCCCAGUUCCUGUUGGUCCAGACCAGAUCUUGUUAAGAGGUGCACAACUGAGAAACACUCAAUGGGUCUUGGGUAUUGUUGUGUAUACAGGACAUGAUACAAAACUCAUGCAGAAUUCAACCAAAGCACCUCUGAAGAGAUCAAAUGUGGAGAAAGUGACCAACUUGCAGAUCCUAGUUUUGUUCUGUAUUCUUCUGGUCAUGGCCCUUGUGAGUUCUGUAGGUGCCUUAUUAUGGAACAGAACACACGGCGAAGUCGUCUGGUACCUUGGCUCCAACAAAAUGCUGUCCGUCAACUUUGGAUACAAUCUGCUGACAUUUAUAAUCUUGUACAACAACCUUAUUCCAAUCAGUCUUCUAGUGACAUUGGAAGUUGUUAAGUUUACUCAGGCUCUUUUUAUAAAUUGGGACAUAGAUAUGUAUUAUCCUGAAACAGAUACACCUGCAAUGGCCAGAACCUCAAACCUUAAUGAGGAACUUGGGCAGGUGAAAUACCUGUUUUCUGAUAAAACAGGUACUCUAACGUGCAAUAUCAUGAACUUUAAGAAAUGUAGUAUUGCUGGAGUGACAUAUGGUCACUUUCCCGAGCUGGAAAGAGAACGUUCAUCAGAAGACUUCAGUCAGCUACCUCCUACCAGUGAAUCAUGUGAAUUUGAUGACCCGAGACUGCUGCAAAAUAUUGAAAAUGACCAUCCCACAGCUGUGCACAUACAAGAGUUCCUCACUCUGCUGGCCGUGUGUCAUACUGUUGUUCCUGAGAGACAAGGAAAUACAAUAAUCUACCAGGCUUCCUCUCCAGAUGAAGGGGCAUUAGUGAAAGGAGCAAAAAAACUUGGUUAUGUCUUCACAGGACGGACUCCACAUUCGGUUAUCAUUGAUGCGCUGGGGAAGGAAAAAACCUUUGAAAUUCUUAACGUGCUGGAAUUUUCCAGCAACAGGAAGAGAAUGUCAGUGAUCGUUCGAACUCCAGCAGGACAGCUACGUCUCUACUGCAAAGGGGCUGAUAAUGUAAUUUUUGAGAGGCUUUCAAAAGAUUCCCAGUAUAUGGAGCAAACGCUGUGCCAUCUUGAAUACUUCGCAACAGAAGGUCUGAGGACUUUGUGCAUUGCUUAUGCAGAUCUGUCGGAAAAUUCUUACAGAGAGUGGUUGAAUGUCUACAAUGAAAGCAGUACAGUUCUGAAAGACAGAACUCAGAAGCUGGAAGAAUGCUAUGAGAUCAUUGAGAAGGAUUUACUGCUUCUUGGAGCUACAGCCAUUGAAGACCGCCUGCAAGCAGGUGUUCCAGAAACAAUAGCCACACUAAUGAAGGCAGAAAUUAAGAUAUGGAUUCUGACGGGGGACAAACAGGAAACAGCUCUCAAUAUAGGUACCCAUCGUUCUGGUUAUUCUGAAUUCAUUUGA